CUUCCGGCUCGUGACCUUCCUGCACCGGUUGACUUCUCGCUUGUCCUGUCCCUCUCCCGCUUUCUUCGCAGCCAUGGUGGCCUAUUGGAGACAGGCUGGACUCAGCUACAUCCGAUAUUCCCAGAUCUGUGCAAAAGCAGUAAGAGAUGCACUGAAGACUGAAUUCAAAGCAAAUGCUGAAAAAUCUUCUGGCAGCAGUGUAAAAAUAGUGAAAGUUAAAAAGGAGUAAUGUAACCUGACUUCCAACAUUUUCAAGUUGAAGCUUUUCUGUCAUAUGUUAUGGCAGAUUGGAAACUAUCUCACUUCUUGUUUUGUUAUUGAGAAGAAAACAUUUAUCUGUAGAUUGACAUGCCAAUAAACUGAGCCCUGGUUCAACAUAA